AAGGGGGUGGAGUUCCGUGUAAAGUGGCAAACACUGAAAUAGCUUCAAAAAGUUCGCUUCAGUUGACUGAACGUCAGACAGUCUGGUUGAUUGAGAAGCUUUGGCUUUGCAGAAGUAGAGAGACCAGAUCUCAUCCACUUCAAACAUUUGAGAACAUAAUGAACAUCUACUAGAUUUCUAGAUUUCGAUUAUAGAUAUAGGACUAAAGUCACUAAUGACUAAUCUAAAACUUACUAAAAGUAAAAGUAAAUCUAGAUCUAGUCAGUCUAAGUCUAGUGAGUGACUAGUCUAUACAGUCUAGUGUAAAAAGUUAUUUAAAAAAAAAAAAGGUUAGGUCGUUAGUUUGCCCUUUGUGUUUGGACCAACUGAAGAUGUCAAGAUACCUACUAUGUCAUCUCAUGACAUGACAUAUGGUUACGCUCACUGGCUGUCACCUAAUGACGUGACAUAUGGUUAAACUUACUGUCUGUCAUCUAAUGGCAUGACAUAUGGUACACUCACUGGCUGUCAGUCAUUGAUUCCUAAACUACACACAAUAUUCUAGUGAUUAUCUUCUUAAGUCAAAAGAAUGUCAUUCGAUGAUGAUACUACUGGAGCUGAUUGCGAUGGUAUUGAUUUCAAAUGGAUGCAAGAAGACAGUGAUUCUUAUGCAGAGGAAGAGGAGAAUGAUCGUGAUGGUGGGGCAUUACCUAAGAUCCAUGGAAAGGAGAAAUCCUGGAGAGCUCAUCUACGUCGGAUUAUACUGAGGAACCCAACAACACGAAUCAAUAUUUCUAUUGUAUAUAUCACAGCCAAAGUGAUCAUGUGUGCCCUGUAUGUUGUAAGGGUCUGUCUGGAUGACCCACAGCAGUAUGCUUGUCAUGGUGUCCCUUGUAACACUACCAGUAAAACAGAAGGUGGAGAAAAUGGAUUUACAUCUACAGACAUUAACUGGCAUGUUUUGUUGUGGGUUAGGCGUCCAUUAUGGUUGUGGGCCAUUCAAGUUUUCUUGGCUGCAGUCACAUUGCUGAAGACAUGUAUCAUUGUUGGUGUAACUGUCAAGGGAAAUCUAUUUAUGCUGUUUUCCUCCAGAAUAUUUCUGUUAGAGAUGGUGUGUAGUCUACCCUUUGUUUUCUCAGUGUUGUGGCCGCCACUGCUAGAGAACAUCUUCAUACCUCAUUUUCUGAACUGCUGGCUGGCUUUGAUCUUUUUGAAACGCUUACUUAAUGACUUUCACCUUGCCAAACAGAGAUUUCAAACUAUGUCAGUGACCUUGUCUCAACAGUCUUGGUUUCUCAUAGCUACUUUAUGUUGUCUGAUAUUUACAACAAUCUGUGGGAUACAACAUAUUCAGAGAGGAAGCUAUGAAAGACAACUCAAUAUGUUUGAAAGUGUAUACUUUGUCAUCGUGACCUUGUCCACUGUUGGUUAUGGAGACAUCUCCCCUGAUAUUUGGCUGGGUCAGCUGUUUAUGUGCAUCAUGAUCUGUGUAGCCUUCUCCUUCAUCCCUCGACAGUUAGAAGAGAUUGGUUCUACCUGGUCACAGAGAAAGAAAAUGGGAGGAGAUUACAGCAAGAGGGCUUCCAACAGAGGCAAACAUGUUGUGGUGAUUGGGGCAGAGUUUACCAUUGAGUCUGUCAUGAGUUUCCUCAGUGAGUUUUUUGAGCAUCCAAAGCUUGAACACUACACUGUGAUCAUGAUGAGCAGUGAGGAGCUAGAUGACAACAUGCAAUUCAUACUCAAGGAUCCCAAGUGGGCCAAUAGAGUUUUGUACAUCAGGGGCUCAGCUCUGAAGGACAUAGAUUUGAAACGUUGUAGAAUCAAUGAAGCUGAAGCCUGUUUCUUCCUGAUCAAUAAGAACUGUGGAGAUGUGGAGAAAGCUGACCAACACACUGUACUGAGGUCCUGGGCUGUCAAAGACUUUGCUCCUAACUGCUCUCAGUAUAUUCAGUUGUACAAAGCAUCCAACAAAAUUCAUGUCAAGUUUGCAGAGCAUGUCAUCAGUGAGGAUGAGUUCAAGUUUGCUUUACUGGCCAACAACUGUUUGUACCCAGGACUGUCCACACUGGUCACUUUAAUACUUCACACUUCUCGAGGACAAGAGGGUUCCUGGGCACCUGAAGCCUGGCAACAAGUCUACGGGAGGCAUUCUGGAAAUGAAAUUUACCACAUACAGCUGGGACGUAGCAUUUUUUUUAGAGAGUAUGAGGGCAAGAAGUUUACCUAUGCCUCAGUUGAUGCACAUAACAAGUAUGGUGUGAACCUAAUAGCUGUCUUUGAUUCCACUGCUGGUGAAGCUAAACUUCAACUGAAUCCUGGCCCUGACUACACAAUGAAGGCUUCAGACUACUGUUUUUAUAUGAGUUUGUCACGAGAGGAGAACAUGAAAAUCUCUCCUUCUGACUUAGAUGAAGGCAACAGCACAUCAGAUACUAGGAAUAAAAACAUAGCCUAUAAAAUGUGUCCAGACAAAAGCCAGAGUAUUGCCAUGAUAGUGAAAGAGAUGCACAAACUGAUGCAAGACAUCGAUGGGGAACAAGAAGAGAUUGAUGAAGAGUCUGUCUUUAGUACCAUUACAUCUAAUAUUGGGGCCACACUGGCCAAAAGUUUAAGGAAAGGUAUAGAAGGUGAGCCUUUACUUGGUAUAGAGUCCAGUAGAAUGCUAGAAAAACCCAUAGGACUAGGUCAAGCCAAUGGCAGCAGUCCUAGAGCUGUGGAAUCCUUUGAUAGAGUUCAUGCAGCCACAGUGCCAGUCAAAGUUGUGCAACAUAUGAUUCACUUGGGCAAAGAAAGUAUGACCAUUGGACCACCGCCCAGCACCCUCAACCUAGGAACCAGGAGGACAUUGUGUCACCUUCACAAGGAACCAAGACAUUUGUGUUGUCUAGAGUGGGGAAAGCCCUGUGAGCAUUGCUCCUACAAGUUAGCCUCGGACCACAGAUGGGACCAUCAGCUGGUCAUUUUGUCAGUGAAACAAUGUUGUCCUGGUCUGUACAACUUCAUCAUACCACUUCGCUCCAACUACCUGAGCCUGUUGUCCCUCAGUCCAAUCAUACUUAUGUUUGAGGAAAGACCAACUAGAUUUUUUUUAGAGACCAUUGCUCACUUUCCUCUAGUAUUUUGGAUGCAAGGAGCUUUAACAAGUCUUGAUGACCUUCUGGUGGCUGGAGUCAACAAAGCCAUUCAUCUGGUUAUCUCACAUAUACAAGCUGAUCCUGGAGGAGAAGAAAACUUAAAUGAUGCUGAGACUAUAGUUGCUGUGCAGAAGAUAUCUAGGUUGUUUCCACAUGUGAACAUCAUUACUGAGGUGAAUGAAGCUUCCAAUAUGAGAUUCAUGCAGUUCAAAGCCAAGGAUACCUAUAUGUCACAGAUACGUAAGCUAGAAAAGCGGCUGAAGGAACAAGCCUUGUCCCAUCUACCAUACAUGUUCCGUUUACCUUUCGCGGCAGGCAAGGUGUUCAGUUCUCACAUGUUGGACAGGUUGUUGUAUCAGACUUUUGUGAAAGGUUACCUGAUUAGUUUUGUCAGACUUCUGCUGGGCAUUGAUGCAGAAAAAAACUCGGGACAUUUGUCUAGUGUUAGAGUGCGAAGGGCAACAUUGUCCCAGUUCCCUUCCUAUGGUGAUCUUUAUCAAGGCUUAUGUUCUACUACUGGAGAAAUUCCCAUUGCUAUUUAUAGAACAGAGAAGCAGAAUUUUCCCACAUCCCCAAUAGAGAUGGGUGAAGAGCUGACAGAGAACAAUAAUACCACCACCACCAAGGCUCACAGUAAACACAGUAAACUAUUCCACUUCCAUGAACACAGCAAAAAAAAUCUGAGAUCUUCAAGAACAUCUGUUGGGGCAGUAUUUUCAGAAAAGGAGAAACACAGUGUUCAACAUUUAGAGGAGAUGGUCCAGGCUAGAAUGGAAAGUUUAGGUUUAGCCAACAAGUCUGAACCUUAUACCAUCAAAAAACCACCAAAGACUCUGUCAUAUGUUAUUGUCAACCCUGCAGCUAACAGAAAGUUGAAAAGUGGUGAUAUAGUCUAUGUCAUUCAACCCAGUUCAAUGCAAGCAGUACCCAAUAAGUUGAACAGGAGCAGCAGGACUAUGUCUAAAGCUUUUCGCAGUCGUCACAUAAGUAUUAACACGUCAAGCAUUAACAGGGCAGCUGGAGACAGUAGUGGGUCACCAGGGAGCCCUGUUGUUCCCCUGGAAUACCCCCUGAUCUCCACCCAUGCUCCCCCCCCCAGCAGAUACUCCUUGAAACCAACUGAUGUUCUGGUAGAAGUCAAGACCAACAGCGACAAAAAUAUUCUGAAAGAAGAGGAUGAGUUUGAACCAAUGGAGAUGAGACCUAGAUGUAGGUCAGAUUCCCAUGCUGACAGAAAGUGUGGAGGGUUUGUACCCAAACAAAAUGGCCAGGAGUCGCAGAUGUAAUGAAACCUGGGAUUCCCACGAUCAGUUCAUUUCAGAUCUAGGAAACUUCCAUUGGCAUUGCAUUUAUAUAACAUUGAUGUGUUUACACACCACUCUCUGGAUUGCAUUUAUAUAUACUGAACUAUGAGAUAUCCGUUGGUUUAUGCAUUUAUUAUUUGCUGUUGUCCAAACUAUUCUCCAGUAGUUGGACUCCACACAAGAUCACUUUGUUCUCCACACCAAUGAUAGAUAAUAUAUUUGUUUUGUUGACUUUGGUUGUACAGACAUGUUUUGCUCACUAUUUGUUAUCCCACUACACAGACUCUACAUUCCUAGUUCUAUUGAGAGUCUACAAGGACAGUCUUUCACUUAUAAACACAAAUUGUUAUUUACAUAAUCUCUUGUCACCACCUAGUGCAUAACAUACCAGCUGAGGAUCAGAACAUAGUGCAUUGUCCUCUGUACAUACCAGCUGAGAAUCAGAACCUAGUGCAUUGUCCUCUGUACUUACCAGCUGAGGAUCAGAACCUAGUGCAUUGUCCUCUGUACUUACCAGCUGAGGAUCAGAACCUAGUGCAUUGUCCUCUGUACUUAUCAGCUGAGGAUCAGAACCUAGGUUCAAUUUAGAUUGUACUUUUGUGCCUUAUUCUGAUUGCUUGUUGAUAGAACUUACAGAUUGUUGUGAAUGUUUAGUGAGAAUUAAAAUGAUGGUUAAAAUAUUUGUUAACUACUAGGUCAUGUAUUUGUUUGAAUUCAAUCAAUUUCCAAUCUGUGACAAGGGCACAUCCAGGGUAGGAGUCCAAGUAGGAGAACUCCUUGUAGUUUGGAGAAGCCUAAUUCUACUUACGGAAUGGUUCAAAAGAGAGUUGAAUGAAACUGUUUGAGUGCAGGCAGUAGUUGAAUAGAACUGGAUCAAACCCUAGUGCACAAUGUGGGCAACAAAAACAAUGAAUAGUUAGUUUAAAGCAGACACAAGUCUUGAUUUGGACACAGCUCCUCACAUUCUAGUUCAUGACUUCUAAAAUAUCACCAUGUCAAUUCUGAAGUUGUUCACAAUUUGUUCCUACAUUGUCUAAACAAAACAAAAUCUUGGUAGCUCUGCUAAUAAAACUCAUAGAGGCAGGGGAAGUCAUCUUUAUGAAUUGUUUGACAAAAUGUCUGUACUAAUUAUCUCUCCUCACUACUGUACAUUAUCUUCUUGGGCCAUGUGAUGAUGUCACAACCAAAACCUUUAGGUUGACUUCUUGUGUUGACUUGUUAGGUUUUGAUAGAAGUAUUAAGUUGUAUAGAGGCUCUACUUUGAAGCCAUAUAAAAGGCUGCACUCUUCCUUAAUCUUUAAUAUGCCUUUAUUAUUUACAUGUUUUAAAGUUGUAUUUACAUAUACAGUUAUAGAUAUGCUUGUACUUGUAGAGAGUCAAGCUGUUCUAUUGUCCAUUCAAUGCAUAAUAAAUGUAGCUUCUCACUACAUGGUCUCUAGCUUCACCAUGGUCUCUACCUUCACUACAUGGUCUCUACCUUCACUACAUGGUCUCUACCUUCACUACAUGGUCUCUACCUUCACUACAUGGUCUCUACCUUCACUACAUGGUCUCUACCUUCACUACAUGGUCUCUACCUUCACUACAUGGUCUCUACCUUCACUGUGGUCUCUAGCUUCACUGUGGUCUCUACCUUCACUACAUGGUCUCUACCUUCACUACAUGGUCUCUACCUUCACUACAUGGUCUCUACCUUCACUACAUGGUCUCUACCUUCACUACAUGGUCUCUACCUUCACUACAUGGUCUCUACCUUCACUACUAGCUUCACUACAUGGUCUCUACCUUCACUACAUGGUCUCUACCUUCACUACAUGGUCUCUACCUUCACUACAUGGUCUCUACCUUCACUACAUGGUCUCUACCUUCACUACAUGGUCUCUACCUUCACUACAUGGUCUCUACCUUCACUACAUGGUCUCUACCUUCACUGUGGUCUCUAGCUUCACUACAUGGUCUCUACCUUCACUACAUGGUCUCUACCUUCACUACAUGGUCUCUACCUUCACUACAUGGUCUCUACCUUCACUACAUGGUCUCUACCUUCACUACAUGGUCUCUACCUUCACUACAUGGUCUCUACCUUCACUACAUGGUCUCUACCUUCACUACAUGGUCUCUACCUUCACUACAUGGUCUCUACCUUCACUACAUGGUCUCUAGCUUCACUACAUGGUCUCUACCUUCACUACAUGGUCUCUACCUUCACUGUGGUCUCUACCUUCACUACAUGGUCUCUACCUUCACUACAUGGUCUCUACCUUCACUACAUGGUCUCUACCUUCACUACAUGGUCUCUACCUUCACUGUGGUCUCUACCUUCACUACAUGGUCUCUACCUUCACUACAUGGUCUCUACCUUCACUACAUGGUCUCUAGCUUCACUACAUGGUCUCUACCUUCACUACAUGGUCUCUACCUUCACUACAUGGUCUCUACCUUCACUACAUGGUCUCUACCUUCACUACAUGGUCUCUACCUUCACUACAUGGUCUCUACCUUCACUACAUGGUCUCUACCUUCACUACAUGGUCUCUACCUUCACUACAUGGUCUCUACCUUCAUUACAUGGUCUCUACCUUCACUGUGGUCUCUACCUUCACUGUGGUCUCUAGCUUCACUACAUGGUCUCUACCUUCACUACAUGGUCUCUACCUUCACUACAUGGUCUCUACCUUCACUACAUGGUCUCUACCUUCACUGUGGUCUCUAGCUUCACUGUGGUCUCUAGCUUCACUACAUGGUCUCUACCUUCACUACAUGGUCUCUACCUUCACUACAUGGUCUCUACCUUCACUGUGGUCUCUAGCUUCACUGUGGUCUCUAGCUUCACUACAUGGUCUCUACCUUCACUACAUGGUCUCUACCUUCACUACAUGGUCUCUACCUUCACUACAUGGUCUCUACCUUCACUACAUGGUCUCUACCUUCACUACAUGGUCUCUACCUUCACUACAUGGUCUCUACCUUCACUACAUGGUCUCUACCUUCACUGUGGUCUCUAGCUUCACUGUGGUCUCUAGCUUCACUACAUGGUCUCUACCUUCACUACAUGGUCUCUACCUUCACUACAUGGUCUCUACCUUCACUACAUGGUCUCUACCUUCACCAUGGUCUCUAUCUUCACCGUGGUCUCUACCUUCACUACAUGGUCUCUACCUUCACUACAUGGUCUCUACCUUCACUACAUGGUCUCUACCUUCACUACAUGGUCUCUACCUUCACUACAUGGUCUCUACCUUCACUACAUGGUCUCUACCUUUACUACAUGGUCUCUACCUUCACUACAUGGUCUCUACCUUCACUACAUGGUCUCUGCCUUCACUACAUGGUCUCUACCUUCACUACAUGGUCUCUACCUUCACUACAUGGUCUCUACCUUCACUACAUGGUCUCUACCUUCACUACAUGGUCUCUACCUUCACUACAUGGUCUCUACCUUCACUACAUGGUCUCUAUCUUCACUGUGGUCUCUACCUUCACUACAUGGUCUCUACCUUCACUACAUGGUCUCUACCUUCACUACAUGGUCUCUACCUUCACUGUGGUCUCUACCUUCACUGUGGUCUCUAGCUUCACUACAUGGUCUCUACCUUCACUACAUGGUCUCUACCUUCACUACAUGGUCUCUACCUUCACUACAUGGUCUCUACCUUCACUACAUGGUCUCUACCUUCACCAUGGUCUCUACCUUCACUACAUGGUCUCUAUCUUCACUACAUGGUCUCUACCUUCACUACAUGGUCUCUACCUUCACUACAUGGUCUCUACCUUCACUGUGGUCUCUACCUUCACUACAUGGUCUCUACCUUCACUACAUGGUCUCUAUCUUCACUACAUGGUCUCUACCUUCACUACAUGGUCUCUACCUUCACUACAUGGUCUCUACCUUCACUACAUGGUCUCUACCUUCACUGUGGUCUCUACCUUCACUGUGGUCUCUAGCUUCACUACAUGGUCUCUACCUUCACUACAUGGUCUCUACCUUCACUACAUGGUCUCUACCUUCACUACAUGGUCUCUACCUUCACCAUGGUCUCUACCUUCACUACAUGGUCUCUAUCUUCACUACAUGGUCUCUACCUUCACUACAUGGUCUCUACCUUCACCGUGGUCUCUACCUUCACUACAUGGUCUCUACCUUCACUACAUGGUCUCUACCUUCACUACUAGCUUCACUACAUGGUCUCUACCUUCACUACAUGGUCUCUACCUUCACUACAUGGUCUCUACCUUCACUACAUGGUCUCUACCUUCACUACAUGGUCUCUACCUUCACUACAUGGUCUCUACCUUCACUACAUGGUCUCUACCUUCACUACAUGGUCUCUACCUUCACUACAUGGUCUCUACCUUCACUACUAGCUUCACUACAUGGUCUCUACCUUCACUACAUGGUCUCUACCUUCACUACUAGCUUCACUACAUGGUCUCUACCUUCACUACAUGGUCUCUACCUUCACUACUAGCUUCACUACAUGGUCUCUACCUUCACUACAUGGUCUCUACCUUCACUACUAGCUUCACUACAUGGUCUCUACCUUCACUACAUGGUCUCUACCUUCACUACAUGGUCUCUACCUUCACUACAUGGUCUCUACCUUCACUACAUGGUCUCUACCUUCACUACAUGGUCUCUACCUUCACCUUGGUCUCUACCUUCACCUUGGUCUCUACCUUCACUACAUGGUCUCUACCUUCACCUUGGUCUCUACCUUCACCUUGGUCUCUACCUCUUUCUUGCAACUCUGAAGCAAAUAUUUGGCAUUGUUUUGUUUUUCUCCAUACACACACACACACACACUGUGUCUAGGCACACACACAUCUUUCACUUUGUGACAUUGUUGUUUGGAUCACUCCCUGAGACACAGAAUGUUGUGUGUGUCCACUCCUACUAGAGGAUUGUAAUCUCACCAUUCUCUAAGAAAUGUAACCAUAAAUUUGACUGAUUGCUAUAGCCACACAGUUCAGAAUGGAUUUAGCCACAUCAUUCCCUUACAGAUCAAGCCACACCAUUCCCAUACAGAUCUAGCCACACCAUUCCCUUACAGAUCUAGCCACAUUAUUCCCUUACAGAUCUAUCUACACCAUUCCCUUACAGAUCUAGCCCCAUCAUUUCCUUACAGAUCUAGCCUCAUCAUUCCCUUACAGAUCUAGCCCCAUUGAUGGAUUGAAGAGUUGACUUCCCCCUAAAACUAUUUUGUGUUUUACUGUUUUGUGUUUUGUCUUCCAUUUUGCAUUUCAUUAAAUCUUCACAGUAGUCACUCCAAGAGACAACAAACUGAGAGUGUGCUUAGAUUUUUCAUACUCUCAUGUAUUACAAAAGCAACAGAGUUAGUUUCCUUAGGACUAUAUCAUGUCCACAGAGUUAGUUUCCUUAGGACUAUAUCAUGUCCACAGAGUUAGUUUCCUUAGGACUAUAUCAUGUCCACUGAAUUAGUUUCCUUAGGAUUAUAUCAUGUCCACAGAGUUAGUUUCCUUAGGAUUAUAUCAUGUCCACAGAAUUAGUUUCCUUAGGACUAUAUCAUGUCCACAGAAUUAUCUAGGGUUUCAUUAGAUCUGUCAUGUUAACAGAAUUAUCUAAGAUUUCAUUAGGACUAGAAUCUCAUCUUCAGUAUUAGCUAGGGUCUCACUAGAACUAUCAUAUCUCCAGUAUUAGCAGGAGUUACAUUGGCAGGUCUACAGUAUUAGCAGUAUUGGCAGGUGUCCAGUAGUAACAAAGGUCAUUGUGUGAUUUGUCAAGCUUCUUGAAUUUUGAUGAUGUAACUUUCAAAUAGUGUCUGACUCCAUCAAUGAAAUGUAGUUUGAAAAGAGUUGUACAUUUAGUACACACACCUGUUGAUAUUCGGAGUACCAAAUGUUUAGUUUGCUUGACCUACCAUGUCCACACAAUUUUUAAAAAAAUAGAAUCUUAAAGAAAUGUUUUGUUAAGGCAGGAUACUGAAAGACAUGCAGAAUUAGAUGAACUGACUAAUGUGUUGAACUGACCAGUGUUUAGAUAAACUGUGUUGAACUGACCAGUGAUUAGCUGAACUGACUAAUGUGUUGAACUGACCUGUGUUUAGAUGAACUGACUUGUGUUGAACUGACCAGUGUUUAGAUGAACUGACUUAUGUGUUGAACUGACCAGUGUUUAGAUGAACUGACUUAUGUGUUGAACUGACCAGUGUUUAGAUGGUACUGACUGUGUUGAACUGACCAGUGUUUAGAUGAACUGACAUGUGUUCAACUGACCAGUGUUUAGAUGAACUGACUUAUGUGUUGAACUGACCAGUGUUUAGAUGAACUGACUUAUGUGUUGAACUGACCAGUGUUUAGAUGAACUGACUUAUGUGUUGAACUGACCAGUGUUUAGAUGGUACUGACUUAUGUGUUGAACUGACCAGUGUUUUGAUGGUACUGACUUAUGUGUUGAACUGACUAGUGUGAUGGGACUCAGUGUCAUGUAGACACUAUUUAAUCUGCUUACUUUGAGAAGAACUGAACUAUCUAUGGCAUUGUCUUAAGUUUAAAUCUGACAAGAAAACUCUCUAUACAGUCAGCAUUACCACUUAUGCAUUUAAUGUGAAAGUCUUUUGAUAGAAACAUGUUAUUCAGCUUAAGUUAGUGAUGUCUGCUUUUGUUCCAUGUUCCUCUAUUCAAGUAUUUAGCUAUUUGUUUGCUUUUAUUCCAUGUUCCCCAGUUCAAGUCUUUAGUUAGUGAUGUCUGCUUUUGUUCCAUGUUCCCCUGUUCAAGUCUUUAGUUAGUGAUGUCUGCUUUUGUUCCAUGUUCCCCUGUUCAAGUCUUUAGUUAUUGAUGUCUGCUUUUGUUCAAUGUUCCCCUGUUCAAGUCUUUAGUUAGUUAUGUCUGCUUUUGUUCCAUGUUCCUCUGUUCAAGUCUUUAGUUAGUGAUAUCUGCUUUUGUUCCAUGUUCCUCUGUUCAAGUCUUUAGUUAGUGAUGUCUGCUUUUGUUCCAUGUUCAUUAGUUAAUUUUUUUUUAACUUAGACAUCCAGUUAUGUUAGUUAACUUAGCCAUUCAGUUGUAUAAGUUGACUUAGCCAUUCAGUUGUAUAAGUUGACUUAGCCAUUCAGUUGUAUAAGUUGACUUAGACAUUCAGUUGUAUACGUUGACUUAGACAUUCAGUUGUAUAAGUUGACUUAGACAUUCAGUUGUAUACGUUGACUUAGACAUUCAGUUGUAUACGUUGACUUAGACAUUCAGUUGUAUACUUUGACAUGGCCAGUUUUCUUUGUACUUAACUCUUCAGUUGUAGGAUUUAUUCAGCUUUGAACAAUCAAAGCUCUGAUUGAGGAAAGUGAAUAAUUUUUUGUCUUGGCUCUUGGCACUUCAUUGACAGGCAAAUAGUUCUAGGACUAGUUAGUGUUUUUUCUCUGAUCUUAGGACCUGGUGCCUAAUGGAGCUAUUGUGUGAUCUUGUGACUUGAUGACCUGGUGCCUAAUGGAGCUAUUGUGUGAUCUUGUGACUUGAUGACCUGGUGCCUAAUGGAGCUAUUGUGUGAUCUUGUGACUUGAUGACCUGGUGCCUGAUGGAGCUAUUGUGUGAUCUCCAUGGUUAACCAUCAUGGCCUGAUGUUCAUGUGUUCCAUUCUGUUCUUUCAGUUCUCUCUAAAUGCAUUCCCUCUUCCACACGUUCCACUCUAAGCACAACACAUCCUCAAUGUGUCACACACACACACAGAGAGAAUCAAUCCAAUCCAUCUGGCCACAAUACUCUUUCAUUCAUCUCAUUUAUUCUCUAAAGAUGAUGUCCCUUUUGAUGUUGUCUGUAGUUCAUGGCUUUUAGAUUUGCAUCUUCUUUCAAACACAAAUAAUUGUAUUACUCAAAUCAAUGCAUUUGUAUAGAGACAUACUCAUAUGCAUACAUAUAUAAAGAUAUAAAUAUAUAUUUACAUAUUUUUUUAUCUAGUUUUUUUUAAUAUUUUUUUUGUUGUCAGAUUUUUAUUUUUGUCAAAACUUGGUAGAUAAAGUGUUGAUACCUCCCCCAACUAGACACACUGUCUGGAAUACAGUGCACUCCUUUAAUAAUUUGUUUCACUUAUGGAAUGUGAGUCAAUCAGGAUUUGAAAUAACUUCAACAUUGAGAUUGACUCUAACUCAGUCAGCCUCCUAAAGAGACUAACAGUAACACCUUCAAGGCAGCAACUUGUUAGAGGUCCAACAUUGAACACCUUCAAGACAACAACUUGUUAGAGGUCCAACAUUGAACACCUUCAAGACAACAACUUGUUAGAGGUCCAACAUUGAACACCUUCAAGGCAACAACUUGUUAGAGGUCCAACAUUGAACACCUUCAAGGCAACAACUUGUUAGAGGUCCAACAUUGAACACCUUCAAGACAACAACUUGUUAGAGGUCCAACAUUGAACACCUUCAAGACAACAACUUGUUAGAGGUCCAACAUUGAACACCUUCAAGACAACAACUUGUUAGAGGUCCAACAUUGAACACCUUCAAGACAGCAACUUGUUAGAGGUCCAACAUUGAACACCUUCAAGACAACAACUUGUUAGAGGUCCAACAUUGAACACCUUCAAGGCAACAACUUGUUAGAGGUCCAACAUUGAACACCUUCAAGGCAACAACUUGUUAGAGGUCCAACAUUGAACACCUUCAAGACAACAACUUGUUAGAGGUCCAACAUUGAACACCUUCAAGGCAACAACUUGUUAGAGGUCCAACAUUGAACACCUUCAAGACAACAACUUGUUAGAGGUCCAACAUUGAACACCUUCAAGGCAACAACUUGUUAGAGGUCAAACCUCUAGACUUAUUGUUUUGCUUGUUGCAUUGAAAAUUGUUGAGUGCAUGUCUAGUGUUCUAUUAGUUGAGUGCAUGUCUAGUGUUCUAUUAGUUGAGUGCAUGUCUAGUGUUCUAUUAGUUGAGUGCAUGUCUAGUGUUCUAUUAAUUGAGUGCAUGUCUAGUGUUCUAUUUGUUGAGUGCAUGUCUAGUGUUCUAUUAGUUGAGUGCAUGUCUAGUGUUCUAUUUGUUGAGUGCAUGUCUAGUGUUCUAUUAGUUUCUAGAAACAGGAACUCUUUUGUUUUUCUAAGUAGACCUUUAGUUCAUACAGUCAUUUUGCAAAUAAAUAUUUUGUGGUUGUUGUUUUUUUUCAACCAAUAGGCUAUCAUUGCUUCAGGAUAACUUCAUCCUUAGUGCAUAGAACUUACAUACAUCUAAGUAUCAUUAUCAUUUUACUAAAUACAUGUCUAGGCCUAGCAUACCCUAUCAAUUUACUAAAUACAUGUCUAGGCCUAGCAUACCCUAUCAUUUUACUAAAUACAUGUCUAGGCCUAGCAUACCCUAUCAAUUUACUAAAUACAUGUCUAGGCCUAGCAUACCCUAUCAUUUUACUAAAUACAUGUCUAGGCCUAGCAUACCCUAUCAUUUUACUAAAUACAUGUCUAGGCCUAGCAUACCCUAUCAAUUUACUAAAUACAUGUCUAGGCCUAGCACAUCCUAUCAUUUGUCAAAGACUGUGUAUCUAAGCCUAGCAUUCCUACAAUACUGUUAAAAUGUUUGAAAUAUAUUUGAUCAGUCUUUAUGGUUGUUGACUUUAUCCCAGGGAUACUUAAACAAGACUUACACAUCUUGUAUAUCAUUAGAGAUCUCCAUGAUAGUUAGUCCAAGACAUGUCUUGUACACUAUGAUGUUUGAUCUAAGACAUGUCUUUACAUUAUGAUGUUUGAUCCAAGACAUGUCUUUACAUUAUGAUGUUUGAUCUAAGACAUGUCUUUACAUUAUGAUGUUUGAUCCAAGACAUGUCUUUACAUUAUGAUAUUUGAUCUAAGACAUGUCUUGUACACUAUGAUGUUUGAUCUUGGUCUUGUAUACUAUGAUAUUUGAUCUAAGACAUGUCUUGUACACUAUGAUGUUGGAUGUAUAAACUAUUUAAGCAGAAUGAAAAUAAUUGUUUGUAUAUAAAUUGUGAAGUGUCAAUAAAAAACAUUUUUAUCAAA